AUGGCCCAAGCAUCUGGAUUCUGGCAGUCCAGCCUCCGCAAAGAGGUAGGUUUGCUCUGCCCUCUGCUUGAUCCCCUUUCCAUCCUAAGCUCUGCACAUGACCUCCCUCGCCUAGAAGCUCCACACCUGAACCUGCAAGAUCCCUUCUCCUUCCCUCUUGUUCCUCUAUGGCAGGCUUCCUCCAACUUGGCCCUCCAGAUGCUUUUGGCCUACAACUCCCACCAUCCCUAGCUAGCAGGACCAGUGGUCAGGGAUGAUGGGAAUUGUAGUAUCUCUCUCUCUCUUUUUUUUUAAUGAUAUUUAUUGGGGGGGGGUUUAAAGUUACAAAAAAACAAAAAUACACCACACACAUUUAAAAACAAAUCCAUUAUUCUCAACUCCUCAACUGUCAUUACCCUCUUUCCUUGACCUCCUCCUCCUCCCCUUCCUUGUAUCCUGUUUGUUAAUUGUCACAGCAAAUCCUCUCCAUAUUUCAUAAUAUUCUGUCAUUACAUUACCUUAAACUAUUUUAAUCUUAUCUUAGUAUAAAAAAAACCCUUGAGACUUAAAACUUAAAUCUUAUUUUUACCAACUUCUCAUAACCAUAAUAUUUUUGCAUAAUUCUUUAAACAUUUUUACUAAAGCCAAGUAAUUUCAUUCCAACAUUUUUCUAACAUUCAUCAAUUUUAUAAAACAGUCCUAGUAGUAAAAAAGAGAAAUAAAAACAAAUCCAAUCUUCAUCCAGCGUCCCUUCCUCCUGGUCCCAGGUUUUGUCAGUCCUUAUUAUCCCAUCGAUCUGGCGCAUUAACCUGGUAAUCUUAUAUCCGAGGCCCUUAAGUCCCUUCCAUGUCCCUUCCGCUGCUCUUCUUUAUAUUUAUAGCUGUAUUUUCCUUUGUCUCCUGCUCCUUUCGCUCGUGGGAACUCCAACUUAGCAAUAUUUUUGACCCUUCUCGACAGAUCAGCCCCUUUUCCAUAAUCGACACUAAAUUCCAUGUGGUAUUUAAAAACAUGUUUCAAAAUCCCUCCAAAAUUGAGAGCCCCCACAAUCCCAAACACCUCACGGCCCAUUGCCAGACUUGAAAAGUCCAAACAUCCCUGCAUAGGAGGGUCUAUCCAACCCCCCAUUUCCAAACCAAACCAAACUUUUUCUUUCCAAGUCUGGCUUUUUCCAAGUUCAUUUGUCAAAUCCAAAAGCUCAUAUUCCUGUAGGGCCUGUUCUGUCAGGACACACUCCUGAUUUAAUUCCUGGGUGGGCUCCACAUAUUUUCCCACUGCCUGUUCAAAAUUUCCCACUGCCUGUUCAAAAUUUCUAAUCGAAUCAGCCAUCAAAUUCGUCUUCUCAUGUACCUGUUCCAGUAGGGCAUUUGUUUUAUAGAAAGCACACAACAGAGCUUCUGAAUACAUUGUCCUGAAGGUCAGAUGUCUAUUCCCACGAUUGUAAUCUGUAACAGGUGCCAGCUCCCAGGAGUUGGUUACAGUUUCACAGUCUCCCUCUAGGGGGAAAACUUCUGUUUAAUCUUUCUUUUAAAGACAAGUCUAGCAACAGAGUUUCCUUUUUUCAGAUAUUUUGUCAAAUAAAAUAUCUGAAAAAAGGAAAGUUUUCAGGCGCCUAAGCCACCACGUCACUCCUCAAACUCCCGAGCCUUAAGAAUGGCACUUUUUGCAACCAUCCGAAUAAGCUUCUAGGUCCAGUUAAGCACACCACGAGUCACAGCUGGGGGGGGGAGGCAGCAGGGGAACCUUUUCGGGAGAGGCGCCUGCGCACGCCCAGAGUGCCGCCUGGGAUUUGUCACCCCUCCUAGUGGUGGCACCCAGGGCGUGGCGCCGCUACCGCACCCCCAUCGCUACGCCUCUGCCAAGAAGCAUUUCUUCUAGAAUCCAGAAGAGAUGGAUGUUGAUGGAAAAAGCUGACAAUUCCUUCUUUUUUUUAUAACAGAUGAAAAAAAAUAUGGAGCCAGUGAAACACCAGUUGUCCCCGGCCAGAUUUCCCCACUUGCCUCACAUGUAAGUUUUCCUGCUUUUGAAACAAAAAAAUUCCUUCCAGUAGCACCUUAGAGAGCAACUAAGUUUGUUCUUCGUAUGAGCUUUCAUGUGCAUGCACACUUCUUCAGAUACACUGAAACAGAAGUCACCAGACCCUGUUUGAUGUUGUUGGGGCCAGUAAUGGUGUUGGAAUCAAUGGAUAUGGGACAAUUCUUUAUAAGAGGAAGAAAAGCGAUUUAUUCAGAUCAAAAGGCGAAAUUAAUAGUAAAGAAUGUGCUAACAGAAAAUAUUGAAAUUACGAAAGGUACAAGACAAGGGUGUCCUCUGUCACCAUCAUUAUUCAUAACAGUACUGGAAGUCCCCUAAAGAGAACCAUUGCCAAAUGUAUGAAAUAUCAAUGAAAUAUUCAAAGAAGAUUUAAAGAAAAAUGGAUUUGGUUAUACUAAAUCGAAAUUUGAAAUGGAAAUAUUAAAUAAUAAAGUUAAAAUAUUAUAAAAAUGUAUAAAUUUCUGGUGGUAUGGCAUGUGAAAGAUGAAGAGGUCGUCGGUGAUGAUACAUUGGGAUAAUGAUUUUGGCUAUAAUAUACAGCUAGAAGACUGGGAAAAAUUAUGGAAACUAGGAAUAAUAUAUAAAGAGUUUGAUAUAUAAUCUUGAUCUUUUGCAGAUAUGUAGUGGGGAAGAGUCUCGCAAGUGAGGCAGAAUUGGAAGUAAGUAUUUGUUAUCUAUAGCUUUGGAAGUGGAUAUAGACUGUAGGGUUAAAGCUAGAAGAUAGGGUAUUUUAAAAUAUUUGUAAGUGAUAAAAUGUGAAGUUAUUUUAAGUGUGAUUAAAAAAAAAGAUGGUUAGAAAUUAUGAUAUAUGUAAACUGCUAAAGAUGAAGUAAAAUGAAAAUCACACAGGGGGGACUUGGGGAAGCCCACUUAACAAUGUUUAGAAAAAUAAGGAUAUGACAAGAAUUUGUUUGUAUUGUUUGUUUUUCUGUUUGUGUUUUUUAUUUUUUAUUUGUGUUAUAAAAUGAAUAAUUUUUUUUGAAAAAGAAGAAAAUAUUCAAAGAAGAAAUAACAAAGGAUUAUAAACGUAAUCCUAGAUAAACCACCAACUCUGUGCAGGGAAGAGCUAGACAGCCGGCUGUGUUCACUGCCUUUAGAAACCUUUGCAACUAGGAGUUUAAACAUUUCCCACAUUGACAAUACUCCCGUUUUGAAAAACAAAACAAGAAAACUGCAUGUAGAUUGUUACUUCUAUUACUUUCCUUGUACUACCUGCUUUAAUAGAUCAAGGCACACUAUUACUGAAAUGUAUUCAGAAUUCACAUGUUGCAAUGAAUCAUUUUAUUAUUAUUAUGAAUGAGUAAGGCCAUCCAAACUGCAGAGUCUGGCAUGCCUUGGGAUAGAAGUGUAUUUUAGGAAUUAGCUUCCACACACAAAUACUUCAGGUCUGCUCUGCUCUGAAAAUCAUUUAUUUAAAGCUACAACCCAUCCUGGUAGUAGCAAUAGGUUAAAAGAUAUUUAGCAAGAGCAAGAACCACAUUCAUUUUCCUUUUUUACUUUCAGGAAAGAAAAUACAGAUUCCCACGAAUUGUGACUUCAGCAGAAGUGUUAGAGGUCGAAGGAAGGAAGAUUGACCUACUUUGGGAAAGGGCGCUGAUGGUGAGUCACAUACAGUCAUACCUCAAGAUGAAUAUGCUUCAGGUUAAGCAUUUUCGGGUUGCGUUCUCCCCCCACCAUUUUGUUUCCAACAGCUCCCCCACCAGCUAAAAAAGAAGAUCCUUCCCCCUCCGUGUGGGAAAGAUUGUCAAAACCUAAAAGGAGUUAAGAACAACCAAUAGGGUAAAUCUCUAGAGUUUGAUUUUGUCCCUGCUGGGAGGGGAGGAGAGCGCUGCUGCUCUGUCGCAGUGGCUGCUUGGGCGAAGACGUGAGAUGAGGGGCCUUGAAGUUGCCCAUCAGCGGUUGGGCACCUGCCUAGGGAACGGAGCAUGCAGAGGGGCCACCAGCCACAGACUUUGCAGGACAGCAGAUGCACUUAUGUUUCAGGGACUCCCCUCCCAGCUUAGGCAUGGGCAAGAUACCUUAAUAUGCACUGCUGCCAGCUGAAUAGUGUUACAUUUUCUCUUUUUCUUGACUUUAAGAAAUUAGCCUUCCCCUAAAUAAAUUUGGUAGAUGGAAACAGAUCCAUCCUACAGCCAUUUCUUAGCUUAGGUUUAAAACAUAUGGGGAUAUGAAUAAUGAGUUAAAAGAAUACUGUUUUGGGGGGGCCAAAAGGCAGGGGACUUAGUGGGCAGGGUGGGCUCCUCCAACAGACAGACAGGUUUAUGCUUUAAUCUGAUCAAUUAACAUUAGGAAUGCUAUGCUAAUAAUUAAAGUACGGUGGAUUCAUUCUAAGUCAUGUCCAUGCUUGCCUUUCAGAUUUCUACCGAAGGAAGAAAAAGGGGAAAAAACAACAACAAAGAAGAACAAAGAACUAACCACCAUCGAACUCCUUCCCUCCUCCUACCAAGAAAAUAG